AUGGACAGCUUCGAUCUUUCAAAGGCUCCCCUGGAGUUCCAAGAAUGGACGAAUACGUCUGUGUAUAUUCAUCUAUACACAAAUGUUACUUGGGUCAUUGUCUACGUGGGUCUAAUCCAACGAUCAAUUCAGGAUCGAUCUUACGCGAUGCCACUGUUCUCCCAAUGUUUCAAUAUAGCGUGGGAAAUCACAUUCGGUUUCAUUUUCCCCACAGAUGACUGGGGAGUAACGGCUUUUUUUCAACUUGCCGUCAUUAUCAACAGCGUAGUGACUUACACUGGCAUCCGAUAUGGUUCUAGAGAGUGGGACCACGCCCCCAUGGUAAAGCGCAAUUUGCCGAUGAUCUAUGCAGCCGGGAUCGGAACGUCGUUAGCCUGCUACAUGGGAAUUGCGAAGCAAUUUGGAAGAACCAAGGCCUGCUUCAUGAUAGCCAUCAUAUUGCAAGCUAUUCUGAGUGUUGGAUCUCUAUCCCAACUACUGACACGGGGGAGCACGCGCGGUUUCUCCUUUAGUCUAUGGUUUUUGCGUUUCACAGGCUCCCUUGCUUUGGUGCCUGAGUUUUAUCUCCGGGUACAGCAUUGGCAUGAGGACUUUGGAUUCCUGGCCAGCCCACUCAUGUUAUGGUGUUGUUAUAUAUUCCUUGGAUUUGAUCUAGUUUACGGGGUAUGCUUCUGGUACAUAAAACAAUAUGAGCAGGGAGGCAGAAUGGCCCAGGUGCAGAAGAAGCAGUGA